GUUUCUCAUCUCUGCCACAAAGAAAAGGAAGCUUCACACUCUGUCUCCUACAACAAGGGAAGAGCUCAAGCCGGGCGCCUACAAAUAUUAGAGCAGCCAGAACUAAUCCAUGAAGCAAAUAUACGUUGAUUGACCACCGGUGCCAUGGCUACUGCGUCCUUCGUCGCCUACCUCGAGACGCCUAGAGAGCUCCGGGUGCUGGGGUUCCGGGCGCCGCCCCCGUCUCCGGUCACCGGCGUUCUAUCCAACGGUGGCUCUGGAUCCCCUGAGUACGGCGAGUGCCCCGACGGCAACGAAGAUGACGAGGUCGGCAGGUUCCUGCGCCGCUCCGCCAGGGUCCCGGUGCUGCGGCUGCCGGAGAGGGACAUCCCACGGAAGAAGAAGAAUGAUAAGGCGGUGUGGGCUCCCCCAGUCAUCGACAUGCGCCUGCUGGCCACGCCGGAUACCGGUGGGCUAGUGGUGGAGACGCUGAGGUCGGCGGCCGUCGCGUUUGGCUGCUUCCAGGUGGUUGGCCAUGGGGUCAAUGAGUGCUUGGUCUCUGCUGCGGCGGGGAGGGCGAGUUCGCCUACGCCGGAGGAGGCCGGUGGAGAAGAUGACGAAGAUGGUGAGGAGCUGUGGUGGUCACCGAGCGAAGGAGACCAGUUGAGGAACGGAGCAGACGAUCUGUUCACCCAGCUGGAGCAAACCGCAGCUAAACUCAUGGACGCCCUGCGGGACAGCGUUGGCGCCACCGAUUCCCUGGCCGGAGCUGACACGAACGGCUCGCUCCUCUGCAUCCGCACGCACCACCGCCGGCAGUGCGAUGGCGGAAGCGGCUCUGUUGGCCCUAUCACUAUCAGCCAGGACGCCAUCCUCAGGAUGCUGAUCAAGAGCUCACGCCGCCCACGGGCUCUCGCUCUCCACCUCUGCCCCGGCGCCUCCACGUUCCACGUCUUCUCUCGGCAGCGGGGACGGUCCAGGUUCCGCCCCCUCGGCGGCGCCGUCGUGGUCACCGUCGGAGACCAGCUUCAGGCAUGGAGCAGUGGACUCUACAAGAGCGUGGCCGGGAAACCGGCUUACAGCGACGGCGAUCUCCGAGCAGACCGCGGCUGUGAUGUCGUCUGGGCGGAGUACCUCCACUCCUGCUCUUCGGCUAGCAUGGAGAGCGACGAGCCCCUGGACGCGGAUGCCGGAAAGAUCAUUCAGUUGAAUGUGCAGAUCAUGGUGGCAGCUUCCCUUGUACUCCUUUACCACUUUCUCCUGUCAUGCUCGUGUACGAUUUGGUCUUGAGAAGCUGCAGCAGGGCUUGUUGCCCUGACGAUGCAGCUCGGUUUUUAUUUCAAGUUCAGCUCGGCUUGUGGAAAUAGAUUUGGUGUGUCAGUUUCGGCGAGAAUAUUAUUUAGUACGGGACCAAAAGGAUAGGGUAGGAAGCAAGAACCUCUUUGGGGCUCUCACACGA